UCGCUCGCUGGACUUCGCGUCGGUGACAUCGUGGCGAUAUGCGCGUUGGGGUGCACGCGUUCGCAUCCAGUGGUACGAUCUCGUGAUUGUCCGCCGCGAUCGUCACUCUUAGUCGCUCUUCUCCCUUCCUCCUCUCCUUCCUCUCCCGAGAGAGUCGACAGGAUACUUAUACUUCCCGUUGCACGUACACAUCGUCGCUUCAGGCUCGAUGGACGCACCGCGAUGGAGAUAGGUGACCGAUCAGCAUAGUAGACGACCCCAGGUCGUCCCGAUUAAUUGGCACAUUCGCAAUCGUCCUCGAGUAAGAGAAACCAUCCGCGAUGGCCACGACGGCGUCAACGGAGAAGAUGGACAUGGACAAGGACAAAGACUUGCCGAAGAAGAAGCUCAUCAAUACGAAUCUGAUAUCGCUCAAGUGUCUUCUGUUCGUCUUUUUCGGAGGUAUGGGCUGUCUCUUUCCAUUUCUUCCGUUGCACAUGACAAGGGUGGGCCUGAGCAUUGAGAACAUCAGAUUUGUAUCGAUGGUCUCGCCGGCGAUCGCGAUAUUGGGCCCAUUAAUAGCGGCUCCGAUCGCCGACAAGCUCGCCAGUCGUCAGAGCAACAAUGACAAAUCAUCGACCGGACGCUACCUCCGCGUGAUGAUCGCCGUCGCUUGCGUUUUCUCGGCGUUCUUCUACACGCUGCUGCUGCUGGUCCCUAUAGUGGACCGCGCGCUACCGACUGGGAAAGGUCCGGGUCUCAAGUUCAAUUGCGAUCGGCGCGGAGCGAUGGUGAGAUGAGAAAUGAAAAAGAAAUUAAAAGAUAAAAAGUAUCUUAGUUGUCAUCGUUGGACUGAUGAUGACAGCGGUGUGGGUGCUAUGUUGCUGGAAAACUGCAACUAUGCCUGCUACCCGACUGGCUGGCGACGCUGGCACUCGGAACUGGCAGGCACGACGACGUUCCGGAGCAAUGUUGAACCCGAGGCCGAUUUCGACGGCAGCGGCGAGACGACUGUCGCGCCAUUGAUCAAUGAAUUUCCGCAGGAAAGUCGCGAUGAGACGAAAAAAGCUCGUCGUUACGUCAUGGCCGAGAAUGAGCCACCACAUCUGUGCUACAAGGACGAGAACGAUAACGUCGUCUGUCACGUUUAUACGGAAUAUUCCGGCAUGCUACCGGUAAACGGUAGCCUCGGACAAGCGUUGAAUCCCGAGAACGAAGAGGAAUGGUGCGCGUAUCCUGUGGCCGAGUACUUUGCCUGUCGCAUACCGUCCGAGUUGGAAAUCAGGAUGGCCGAAUUCAAUCAGAGUUGUUCCAUAGAAUGCGACCUAGUCGACCCGUAUACUCUCCCGGGCGGCGUGCUAGUAAAAAGCCAAUGCCAACGUACCGGAGAUUGGACGGAGGCAGCAUUUUGGAUGUAUCUAUUCGUGCGCUCGAUCGCAGAUAUCUUUCCGACGACCGCUGUUGCCUUGAUCGACGCGGCAGUAGUGAUCGCGACCAGGGAGACGUCAUGCGGUCGCGGCGACGUAGGACGUCAAUUGGCCUUCGGCUCCCUCGGUUUCGCUCUCCUAGGACCAUUGACUGGUUAUUUAAACACUCUAAUGAGCAAACUCGCGCCAGCUUUCUGGCUGCCGUUUGUCUUGCAUGCCGUAUUGAUGCUUCUCUCGGCUGUUGUCGCCUUGUCGGCGAACGGCAUGCCACUUAGUCCACCAGAAUGGUGGUGGCACACGAGAAGCGGCAUGUUGGCAUUGCCGAUGAGCGCUGUCAAGAGAUACGGUAGCGAGACUGCUGCCCUGGUAUUUGUCCUCAUAGUCAUGGGGACCUUCUGGAGCGUAAUGGACAGUUAUCUACCUUUGCAUCUGCAAAGAUUAGGAGGCGAUGAACUUUCCAUUGGCGUCGCUAUGACCGUCGGAGCGAUACCCGCGUUUCUGUUCCUCUGGAAAUCUGAGCACCUCGUAGAUUAUUGUGGACACAGUAAUCUUCUUAUCACUGCCUUCACGGUGUACAUAAUCAGGUUCACCGGACUGAGUCUCAUAUCUGACCCUUGGUGGUCUCUAAUCUCAGAGGCUUUAGAAGUAUUCACCCUAGGAAUAAUGUGGAUUACUGCCAUUCUCUACCUAAGACACUUGGUACCGCGUCAUUUGACUGUGACUGCCCAAGCGCUACCUGUGAUAGCUCACUUUUGCGUCGGCCGGUGCCUCGGGGCCGUCAUCGGUGCUUAUAUCAAUUUCGGCGACGACAUUGUACAAUCGCUGAGAUUUGUGUAUCGUUGUAUGGCAGUAGCGGCAGCUAUCGUCGCCUGUCUAUAUUUUGUAUUGUAUCACGGUCUACUAAAGCCAAGAUGUCACGCACACACUAUCCAAGGUCCCCGUCAACCCCCCACGAUCGUGCAAGCUGCCAUAAGAGACUACGAAUUGACAAUGAAUGGAAACGGAAAUUACACACCGCUGAGAGUGUACCACAAUGGAAUGGGCAGAAAAGGUCAAUUUCGAUAUUGAGAAGUUACGAACGAAUGAAGAGCUCUAGGAAACAACACUACAACAAUGAUUCCACAAUGCAACGUAUAAAUGUCAUCAGCGACGAAGUGUCGAUGUGCUCUCUUCGUUGCAUCGCAUUUAUCAUUAAUUUAUUAAUUUAAGCUGACUCGACAUUACCAAUGCUGUUUUUAACGUUAUUAUUUAUAUAAAUCAUUAUCACAAGGACCACUACUUGCUCAAGUACGUUCUAUGAGCUAUAUCAUCAGUUUCUAUAUAUUUGUAAUCAUAAGUGUAAGUACGAAUGACAGCGAGUAACAUAACGCGAAUCUUUCGCAUAUUGGUAGAAAUAGACAGAUAGAAAAAUCUUUUUUAUGUACAAAAUGUCCACGAAAAGCUAUGCUAUCUGAUGCUUCUUCAAUUUUCUAUUAAAUACAUUUUUUUAUACAAUCAUUAUGUUCACAAAAUUCUUGAAGAGUAUAUACAAUUAAAAAA